AUGACCUGCUCUUAUUUGCUUAAUGACAGGAUACUGAAGAAACUGAGGAGAUACGGAGUUUCUGGAAUCCUAUCAUAUGGACUUCUGAAUACUGCAUACUAUCUCACAACAUUUCUUUUUGUGUGGUUUUACAUUGCUCCAGCACCCGGAAAGAUGGGUUAUCUUGCAGCUGUAGAAAGAUUUUUCAAAGUGAUGGCCAUGGUGUGGGCAGGUAGUCAAGUCACUAAACUUUUAAGAGCAGGAGGGGCAUUGGCACUGGCACCUUUUGUUGACAGAGGAUUGUCCUGGUUUACUGAUAAGUUUAAGUUUGAAUCACAGGGGAAGGCUUUCAUGGCAAUAGUUGGAUUCUGUUUUGGAUUGGCCCUCAUGGUAUUUUUGGUCAUCACACUGCUUUGGGCAUGAUGCCCCUUUCUGCUACCUUCUUUAGAGAACAUUCAAAUUCAAUAAUCACCUG